AUGCCCCUUUCCCAGGAUCUGUUAACAUUCAGGGAUGUGGCCAUCAACUUCUCCCAGAAGGAGUGGGAAUGCCUGGACCCUGCACAGAGGGCUUUGUACAGAGAUGUGAUGUUGGACAACUACAGCAAAUUGUGUCUAAACCAAACUUGA